GAAUCAGUCUAUGAGUUUGUUUUGGUCUGUUCGCACGUGUGUUGUGCGGAGUCCAUUCUUCAGUCAGUAUACGUGUAUGAAUGAAAUAAGCGCAGCAACGGUAGUGGUUGUGGAUAGGUGAUCGUACAUUUGCUGUGUAGUUGAAGCUUAGCUGAAUGAUCAAUGAAGAAACAAGUGGUUUGAAUUGUUGAAAUAUAUAAUGUGGAUUUAUUAAAGUAAAAAGCUUAGUUUAGUGUUACCGGUACUGCACCAUCUUCACAUAAUCUGAAAUUCACAAGAUAAAAGUUUAAAUUUUGGAUUUCACCGCAGCCAAAAGGAUUACGCCGAACAUUUCGUGCACGCCCAGUGCCAGACCCAUCGUAGUGAGAACGAUAAAAAGCUUCAGCAUUCAGGAUACAAAAAUGCACCGAAUAUUGAUUGCAACCAUCCUAUAUGUAACAUUUAUUAAAACUGCUGUCGCUAUCGAGUGCUACGUGUGCAAUGGAACCGAUUCAGCCAGCCCCUUCCAGUGCAGCGAGUGGUUCGAACGUUUCGACAAACCGGACCUAAAGCCGCAGGAUUGCUCCAACGUGUACGGAGCCAAGUAUUGCAUUAAGCACAUUGGUCGCUUUGAAGCGCUUGGAAUCCUGUGUUAUCAAUGCUCAUCGGCACAUUCGAUGUACUGUUCCGAUAUGCUGGUGGCGGACGAGGCAUCUCCGUUCAAGCCGGAACCGUGCGAUCAUGUGUUCGAGGCGGAGUACUGCGUCAAAUCGACGGCGAUGCAUGGUGGCAUUGGAGCCAAAAGAUACUGUUCCUCGCGUGAUUUGGGCAACUACUGUAACUACGUGCGCAACCCCGGUGAUAAGAUUGAAUAUCGAUCCUGCAUUUUCACAUGUGACACGGAUGGCUGUAAUAGCGCACAUCGGUUAUCCUUAUCUAAACAUACCGCCAUAUUAGGUGCGAUUGUACUUCUAGUAUCCCCAUUGUGGUUCGUACGGCAAUAGUUAUGUGCCAUGUACAACAUUCUAGGUUAGGUGCACAGUUCACUGUUAAGUUCUUUGUAGAUGAUACAUGAACGGGUACCGGUCCGUCCUCAGCAGAAAACAUACUAGAAUCUUCCUUUUGGUUUGAAUCUGUUCCGUCCUAGUAACGACUUCUCGGAAUAAAAUAUCGUAUUUCAAAAUAGUAGUUAGUUAACGUUUUAAGAGAGACAAUAAAUUCAUUAGAAAACA